AUGUCUGAAAAAAAAUCUUUUUCAAUUGGCCGCGAACCAAACUCGGCAGUCGUAUUUCAUGCACUUCCACGUCACGAUUUUCCCGUCGACAUCAAAGACCUAGCGAGAGAAAAUACCAAAGAAGAACAUUGGCAGGAUAAAGAACAUAUUGUUCAUCCGUCAGCUCUCAACGAUCCAAAAGGUAUCGUUGGACAGCUUCAAAAAGAUUGGGAACGUGGCGUUACUGAAGAAUCUGAAGAAUCGCAUAAAAAGUUAAAAAAGGAUGCUCGUAGUAGAGACGAUACGAAUAAACCAAUGCUGAAUUGA